AUGUCAGGUCGUGGAGCUGGGCGGUCUCUUCUCGGCGCAGCUAAUGAGCUAGCGCGUGCCAAACGUUUGAUCCAGGUGCCCUGCACCUGCUGGCUUUCGUGGCACUCACCGUGUCGGAAAAAUUCGCUAGGGCUGUGCAUGGGACAGAUCAGCAGCCAUCGAAACAGCCCGGAGAUCAAUAGCGUCCCGCCACGCUAAAACUGCCUCGUGUGUGUGUUUGUGCCUGCAAGGCUGCUUCCACCCCCUUUCCAUAAAUCCACUACAACACCGCGCUCUUGUUCAUGGCGCAACCUCGUGAGUAGAAGUUCAAACACUCUACAUUACGGCUGCCUAUUGUGAAGGACUUGGAAGACAAUCAUGGGCGCCUGUCAUUUAUAGCGACUGCUAUACUCAGUAAAGUAUACUAUUCAGCCGGCUCACGAACUUCGGGACGACGACAAAGGGUUGACUGAUGAAUUCAGCGCGAUCAUGCUUGCACGGGAGUUGAUCCAGACCGGCCGGGUCGUUUCAAGCACCGACAGGGCUGAGGGCUGCGGGCUGAGCGAGCAAGUUAGUCGCCACCGGGACAGCCUUGGGCUUGACGUCCCUAUGCUGAUCUCUUUGAGGCGGGGGGAAUGUUCGAUCAGGGGAGGUAGCGAGGGCAGAUGUAUUCUGUUCAUGAGGCCAGUGAUCUUUAGCAAUGCUUGUUCGACAUACGCAUUGGAGAUUGAACUGAAAGGCCACAGAGCAGAGCUGCUGGGGCGCCUGGGGCUGUUGAUUUCACAAAGUUGAACCUCAGAUCAAACUGCCGUUCUCGCACUUCUGGCGCACAAGCCUUCGCCUGAGACUUUCAGUCCUGGGGAGUUACGUCUACCUUGUGCCCAACACUGACUGCAAACGUUUCCCACCCGUUCAGGGUUUUGCAUGGAUUCCUUAUUGCGGGACGUGAUGUUCCCGCUGGCCACGUUUUUACCCCAACAACAAUGCAGAACCGGCUGCAUUUGAAGGCACCAAUGUUGACUCACUCGUUCAACUUUGCAUGUGGUCGAAAACAUCAAAACUGAGCCAUUGAAGAGACCGCCGAGCCAUCCGUUGCAGUGUCGAGGUACGAUGCAAAGUGGGCAUACAUCUUGAUCCAAAGGAAAAUACAUUUAGGUUUCUUUUUAGUACAUUGCAGUAUAUACGACGGGGGGAGCGACACAAGGUGGCCCGGAUGCAGAGUAGGCGACACGAGGGAAACCUCCCGCUUCUUUCGGUGAUAAGACGGGGUACGUUCGGGCUUCGGGUUCCCAAUAUUUCUCGACCACCACGGCUCAACCUCUCCGUCCGUCCUUGCCACAAGCUCACGACGUAUAUUCAUACAGGGAUAGCUAUGUCCGCACUGAAAGGGCUACAUGUUGACAGACAAUGCGUCGAAUCUCGUCGAAGAAACGUGAUACGUCAUGUAUUGUUCGCUGCGUUAAAGUUUGCGCUGAUACCACCCAAGUGAUGCGCCAGCAGUUCGUCGCGGCACAUAAGCCCGAACUGCGCGGUAUUCUUGUCUCGGUGGUAUCCUGCCUUAA